CUCAUACCAGAUUUGAUCUUAUCCUUAUUUACCGCUGAAGUAAUCCAUUUCCUAGUUCUUGUCGUACUUGUACUUUAUUUCCCUCAUUAGGUGCUAUGGCCAUCUCUAUAUAAUUGAGCAGCAUAUUUUACGAUUCAGUCUUACUAAUACACACAAACCCAACCCUAGCUAACCUGUUUGCUAGCUUUUCCCAAAGAACACAGAGACAAGAAUGCCAAAGACUGCAAACCCGGGGAGGAGACAUGCCACCUUGCUCAAGAAGGCCAAUGAGUUAUCUAUUCUAUGUGAUGCAGAGGUCGCCGUCAUCGCUUUUUCACCUGAUGGAGAACUCCAUGAAUACUCGAGCACAAGCAUGGAACACACUCUUGAAAGAUACAAGAACAGGACUGGCCUCGUCCUCCCAAGCAGGGUCGAGUCUCCGGCGCCAGAAGAGCACCGCCAUGAACCUGCAAAGCAGGAACUGCAGGAAAGACAUAAAGCACUACGAUUGGAGAAAUUGCGGAGAAUGGGAAAGGAGUUGGAUGGCCUGAGUUCGGAAGCGCUGUCUACGCUUUUGGAACAACAAACUAAAGGGUUAUUAGCUGUUCAGAGCAAGAAAGUGGAACUGCUUGAGGAGAAGUUGCAGAUAUCUAGGUCGAGAGAAGAGCAGGCUAUGCAUGAGAAUGAACUGCUUGAGGAGAAGUUGCUGAGAUCUAGAUCAAGAGAAGAGCAGACUAUGCACGAGAAUGAGAGUCUGCGCAGAAGGAUCAGGGGGUUCAUGAUGAGGCAAAACUACAAGCGACACAUCCUUCCAUGCCAUCCAGCCAAUUAUUUGGAUAGAAAUUAUGGAAAUAGGAUGGGUUUCUGCACAAGCUCAAGAGCUGCUGUUUCUGUUUCCAACUAUCCAUCGGAGGGAACCGAUGACCAUUUAGACAUGACCACUUUGCGGUUGUGGCCGUCAUAGCAACUAAUAUGUAUCAUUGUUAUGAUGUAGUUUCUGU